AUGGCGCUGCUAGAAUCAGUCCAUCUUCCUCACUUACCCGCCGACCUUCCGGUAUUCGUGGCACUUUAUCGCAAUGUGGAAAAUGCAGCUUUCUUGCGACAGCAGCUACUUGCCGGGAACACCGAGUUUGAAUAUGCUUUGAUUGAUGCAAGCAUGGUCCUAUCUAGAACACAUGCGAUCACAGCUAUCUUCCGAGCAGUCAAUGACUAUAUGACCGAUCGCCUCAAGUCCCGCAAUGUGCACUCGGAGAUUGUCUUUUCCUUCAGCGCGGCCAACAAUAUCGCCGACUCAUUCCGCAAGUUCGGCAUUGCCGACUCCACAAAGGACUUAUUGGUGGUGAAAGUCCCCGUGUCUCCGGAGAUAACACAUGACUCCGUUGCCGCACAUCUCGAAACUUCCAUCCUAGGAAAUUCUGUACCUUUUGACGACCAAAUCAUUUCUGAGAUCUCUGAUAUCACCAAGAUCAAGAAGGCUUACAAACUCGGGGCUUUACCUACUCCUGGGGCCAAGGCGGAUCCUAAACAAGUUAAUGGCACACCCGAUGACAGCAAACGACGACUUGAGCUAUCGAUAUUGGGUGCAAUUGCUCUACGUGGAUCAUGA